AUGGAUGAAUUAUUUGCAGAUUUGCCGCCGCUUGCUGAUUGUGACGAAGACUGUCUACUCAAAUUAUCUUCUAAAAAUAAAAGGAGCAUUAUUCUUCAAGCUACACCAGUCGAUUUUUUGAUUGAAAUCCGGCCGGGCUACGCUCCAGAAAUUGAUGAGAAUCCACGACUAACACAGAAACGGCUCGAAGAGCGAAGUUGUAUGACAGAUGGGAGCCAUUUGGAGCAGUCAGACAAAUGGGUGCAGACCGAUGAAGUUGAAGUCGAAUCAAAGGGAUGUUAUGCCGAACUUCCACCAACAUAUCGACCUGAGGAUUAUGAUGAAAGCGCUCUGGAAAGAAUAUUGAGACAUAUCAGCGCUUAUAUUCAUAAACAGCAGGUUGGCCAAUUCACCGAGCUCACUCUGAGCGUUUCAUUUUCUCGCUAG